GCCAGUCAUCCCAUCCUAACCCCACCUUGUCAUUGGGUUCCUACACUAGUGCAGUUCUACCUCGAGGACCAGACGGCAACCAACCCCACGGAGUCUCCUUCGUUCAUCAUACCAGCAGCUCCUACCCCCCAUCAAGUAUAUUCCCCCGCAAGUUGCGAUUCUAAAUCUUUGAACUUUCAGUUUGCUCAAGAAGCCUAUUUCUUCGAGGUCGAGGGAGACCACAAGGAGAAAAUGAACGUGCUCAAACUACAGAGGAAAUUCCCGCAAUUCGACCAGGCAGACAUCUUCUCCCUCCAAGAUGCGUUUCGGAAGCUGGAUGUCGACGACAGGGGCUAUCUCGACGAGGCCACUGUGAUCAAGGCAACGCAACAAACGGAACGGAAGCCUUAUGAUGUCGUACGCCAAGCCUUGAAAGAGGUCGAGUUGGACAGUUCCCGCCGCGUCGAACUGGAGGACUACGUCGAUCUCAUCUCCAAAGUUCGCUUUGCAACAGCGCAAAAUCAGGCUGGUGGCCAUGGUCCCGCAGCAGUCAUACCAGGAAAUGUCACUGGGCAGUCCCGCCACGUCUCUAAGGGGAGCAUCGGUGGGAAAAUCCAUGUACAAGGCUCGUCUGCAAAUGUGACACACACUAUAAACGAAGAUGAGAGGACCGAAUUCACCAGGCAUAUCAAUGCUGUUCUCGCAGGGGACCCAGACAUCGGCCACUCUCUACCUUUUCCUACCGAUACCUUUGAGAUGUUCGAUAAAUGCAAGGACGGUUUAGUGCUAGCAAAGCUUAUCAAUGACAGCGUUCCAGACACGAUCGAUGAGCGUGUUCUUAACAAGCCUGGGAAGAGAACAAAGGAAUUGAACGCUUUCCACAUGACCGAGAAUAACAACAUCGUCAUCAACUCCGCCAAGGGAAUAGGGUGUUCAGUUGUCAACAUAGGAAGCGGCGAUAUAAUCGAAGUUCGUGAGCAUCUUAUUCUGGGCCUCAUUUGGCAGAUCAUUCGCCGAGGUCUCCUCGGAAAGAUUGACAUAAAACUUCAUCCGGAGCUUUACCGGCUGCUUGAAGAAGACGAAACAUUGGAGCAGUUCCUUCGCCUUCCUCCGGAGCAGAUAUUGCUACGUUGGUUCAACUAUCACUUGAAAAAUGCAAAGUGGGAUAGAAGAGUUACAAAUUUCUCAACCGAUGUGAAAGACGGGGAGAACUACACCAUACUACUCAAUCAAUUGGCGCCUGAGAUCUGCUCGAGGGAUCCCCUUCGAGUUCAAGAUUUGGUUCAACGUGCUGAACAUGUUCUGACAAAUGCGGAAAAGCUCGAGUGUCGAAAGUUCCUGACCCCUACUUCGUUGGUUGCAGGGAAUCCGAAGCUUAAUCUUGCAUUUGUGGCAAACUUGUUCAACACAAUUCCUGGUCUUGACCCGAUUACAGAAGAAGAGAAACUCGAGGUUGAGGACUUCGAUGCUGAGGGCGAACGAGAGGCCAGAGUUUUCACUCUUUGGCUAAACUCCCUCGACGUACAGCCUUCUGUCAACUCACUGUUCGAUGACCUACGCGAUGGAACCAUCCUGCUACAAGCGUAUGAUAAGGUAAUUUCUGGCAGUGUGAACUGGAAACAUGUCAACAAGCCUCCGACGUCUGGCGGAGAAAUGAUGCGGUUCAAGGCAGUCGAGAACACCAAUUAUGCAAUCGAGCUUGGUAAACACAUUGGUUUCUCCCUUGUAGGUGUGCAAGGAGCGGAUAUUACCGAUGGCCAAAGGACUCUUACGUUGGGGCUGGUCUGGCAACUCAUGCGAAAAGAUAUCACUAUAACCCUCUCCGGCCUAGCACAACGGAUGGGCAAACGCGAAAUGACUGAUGCAGAGAUGAUAAAAUGGGCAAAUGAGAUGUCCCGAAGGGGAGGAAGAACUACGACAAUUCGCAAUUUCAAGGAUCCGUCUAUUGGAUCUGGUAUUUUCUUACUUGAUGUGCUCAAUGGCAUGAAGAGCAGUUACGUUGACUAUGAGCUCGUGACGCCUGGCCGGAGCGAGGAGGAGGCCUAUGCCAACGCUAAGUUGAGUAUUAGCAUAGCACGAAAGCUCGGGGCGACGAUUUGGCUGGUCCCCGAAGAUAUUUGUCAAGUUCGAUCUCGCCUAGUUACCACUUUCAUUGGUUCGCUCAUGGCUACAUACGAGAAAAUGCAAUAGUUCGUUCGAUCCAGGACUCUUACGCAAGGAGGGCUUCGUCUAUGUUCUUAGAUCUCGUGUUGCAAAUUCCAAAGUCCCCGUUUCUAGUCAUAGUGCUAUCUAAACAUAACCUUUAAUCAAGGUCCUUACAUGUC